GUAAUUGCGUAAUUCCACCACGCCCCGUAUAAACCACGCCCACUCACUCAGAUGCUGCAGCGAGUGUCCUUGGAGAGUUUGAAGAAGGCAGCUCUCUAUGGAGCUGUUCUCUCUGCCACUGGCUGUUCAGUUCUGUACUACCUCAUUCAACAUCCCAUAUUAUGUCCCCAGGGAAUUUUGCCAGGUCUCCGUACUACCAGCAGUCAAUAGUGGCUCUCAGACAGCACCAGGUGGCAUGCAGACUGCUGGGUGAGCCCCUGCGAUUCCAGACACUCAGACUUGGGAACCAACAGAACUGGGUCACCACCGAAGAAGCUCAUGUGAUGAUCCCAGUAUCAGGAAGAAGGAGUGCAGGUCAACUGAGGUCUACCGCAGUAUUCAGAGAUGGUCAGUGGCAUCUCACAGACUUAGUGUUAGAGUUCAGAGGAAGAACAGAGAAACUCGUUAUUAUAGACAAAUCAAGAUAAUGUUUACAUCCAAUCAUGGAUAAUUAUAAUGAAUGCUAUAAAUAGAAUAGCAUAUAGAACUCUUUUACGGAUAAUACAUUUUACAAGAUAAUACAAAACCCAGAGUGUAUCCACUAUAGAACAUUACAGUCCCAAACACCAGUAAUAGAGAGUAAAAUGCAGUGAUCAUCCAUUGGUUUAUGGUGGUUAUCCACUGCUUGUAAUAACGUUAUUGUGUGCACUGUCUUCAGAUAAAAUUCAACAACUUGGGACCAAAAAGAAGGAAUAUUUAUGUUCAGCCUGUCCAGUACUUUGAAAAAGAAGAGAAGUAGUUGAUUCUGACGGAACGCUUUAAAGAGCUGUAAAACCUGUUUCCAUCCUGCAAAAUAAUUGCUCCCCAUCUCGUAGUGGCUUUUACCAAUAAUAGAUUCUGGUCCAAGCUUAAGAACUGUGUAAGGCCUUCCCAGUUUAUCAAUGUACGCACAGCUCUGUUUUCCUGCCCAUAUUGCCAGAUAGUAACACUCAUUGUCAUAGGCCUCCUGUGCCAAGUCUGCAUAAUACACAGCACAUUUGAAUUCACAUCUAGCCAUUAGACUGUCUUCUGUCAAAUAAUAUGCUUGUGUUAAUAACUUGUAGUCUUCCAAAAGUCCUCCCUGUCCUAGAGGUAUAGCACAGUUAUUUUCACUGCAUGGACGUGUAUUUUCAAUCAUUCUUUUUUGUAGAUUAAUCACUUUUUGUUCUUGUGCUCUGAAAAAGUAAACAGCAGCAUAAAACAGUUCUUUUAUGUACUUAUUUUCGCCCUUAGCCAUCAGGUAAGGAUACACUUCAUCUGUUAUCAUGACUGAUACCUCAUUUGCCAUAGUGCUGUCAUUAUUGCGUAAAUAGUCCUCGUGUAAGUAAAAAAGGAGCAUUGCUUGUUUCGAUAAAUGCAAAGAACGAAACUGAUAUUUGUAUGCAAGCUCUCGGAAAUGAAAGGCCUGUGUUCUAUUCCGUAUGUUCUCAUAUGCAAUAGAAAUAUCGUAAUAGUCACAGACUG